AUGUUGUCACUUCUCCUCUUGCUAACCUUCCUCUCACUACUACUUGUUUACACCGCGAAGAAGUCGCCUUCGACCCCUAACUGGCCUCUCUUGGGAAUGCUUCCAUCCCUCAUUUGGAACCUCUCCCGCCUCCACAAAAUCGCAAACAGAAUCCUCAGGGACAACGGCGGCACCUUCCUAUUCACAGGCCCGUCCUUCACAAACCUCAACUUCCUCGCCACAAGCGACCCCGUCAACGUCCAACACAUCUUCACCAAGAACUUCGCCAACUACCCCAAGGGACCGGACCUCAAGGCGGCGUUGGAGCCCUUCGGAGAGGUCAUAUUCAACACCGACGGCGACGCCUGGGAGAUGAGGAAGGGGAUCAUCCACACCCUCAUCAAAAACCCCCGGUUCGAGCGGCUCCUGAUGACAACCCUACGCCACAAACUUGCCAACAGCCUGAUCCCGGUCCUCGACCACGCCUCGAGAAACGACGUCGUUCUGGACUUGCAGGACGUGAUGGCGCGGUUCAUGUUCGACCUCAACUGUUUGCUCCUCCUGGGGAUCGACCCGGGGUGCCUCUCCACGAGCUUUCCACGUGUCCCGUGCGCAGAGGCGUUUGAUGUGAUCGAAGAGGCCAUUUUCUACCGCCACUGCGUGCCGCAGUGGGUUUGGAAGGCGAUGCGGUGGCUUCGGGUCGGGUGGGAAGGCAGGACGAUCGAAGCUGAGGGAUGCCUUAAUGGUUUUCUGGGUGAAAAGAUCAGAGCGAAGGUGGCGGAGAAACAGGCUGCGGAUGGGAAGGAGAGUCUUGGAACCCGACAUGCUUCCCAGCGGCCACGUCGUGGGUAA